GGCCGGGCUCAGCCUCCUUCCCCUAUAAAGGGGCGGGGUUAAGGCUAUUUCCCCCUAUAGGGGCCCCCAUUGUUCCCGACACCCCUAUAGGGGCCCCUUCCCGCUCCAUCCACAGCAGCUCCGGCCGCCAUGGAGGCGCUGGGUCUGGCCGUGCUGGUGGGACUGGUGGCGCUGGGGCAGGGGCAGCCCAUUGACCCCCACGCGCCCCCCUUCUGCCCGCCGCUGGCCCCCCGCGACUGUCACGACGUCCACGCCGGCGGCUCCCGCAGCGACGGCGUCCACCUCAUCUACCCGGGGGGGCGCGACGGGGCCCCCGUCCCCGUCUACUGCGACAUGAGCACCGAGGGCCACGUGUGGACGGUGUUCCAGAAGAGGUUCAACGGCUCCGUGAGCUUCUUCCGCGGCUGGAACGACUACCGGCGCGGCUUCGGCCGGGCCGACGGCGAGUACUGGCUCGGGCUGCAGACGCUGCACCUGCUGACGCUGCAGGCCCCGUACGAGCUGCGGGUGGAGCUCGAGGACUUCGAGAACAACUCUGCCGCCGCCACGUACGGCUCCUUCGCGCUGUCCCCGCGCGCCGUCAGCGCCGAGGAGGACGGGUACAGCCUGCACGUGGCGGGCUUCCGCGACGGCGGCGCCGGUCAGCCAUGGGGCCGGACCCACACUUAUGGGGUGGGACCCACACUUGUGGGGUGGGAUGUGUAAAGACCCCCAUAGCGG